AUGAUGACUACAGCUGAAGGAAUGAGUCCUGCAGAGAGAGCUGAUAUUCUCGAUCGUUUGCAUGUUUCUCCUUUAAUGAAUAGAAGAGUUCCUUUACGUAUGGCAGGCCCAGGUUUUGAUGUAGAUCAAUUGGCGAGUAAUGGAAGUUUGGGGAAUUCUUUAACUGGAAUGUUAAGUGUUACGAUUGUUGAGGGAAGAAAUUUAAAAGUUCCAGACAGAAUUCAUUCAAAAAAAUUAUAUUGUGUGCUCGAAAUAGAUGAAAUACACAGAGCACGUACUGGAAUAUCUACACCUGAACAAUAUUUUCGUUGGUCAGAACGUUUUGAUAUCGACGUUGUUUGUGCAAAUGAUGCUUCUUUUUUUGUUUAUGCUUGGCAUCCACAAUUAAGGCAUCGUUUUUGCCAUAAAGGAGAUAUUCGUUUAAUGGAUGUUUUGUUAGUUGAUGGAUUUUGUGGAAAUAGAAUUUUUUCUUUAAAUUUAGAACCUAGAGGGCAAUUACUUUUAAAGAUAGCUUUUGAGGAAAUGAAGAUUUGUUUUUCAAGAAUAAAUAAAAGGCCAAACAAUAAUCAAUUCGGUCAAUCCCUCAAUUUAUUACUUCAACGAGAACAAAGCGAAGUACCUAUUGUUUUGCAAAGAUUAAUUACUGAAAUUGAAAGGAGAGGGUUGGAUAAUUCUGGAAUUUAUUAUUUGUGUGGUGCAAGUGAAAGAAAAGACCAUUUACGUGCUCAACUUGAAGAAAAUGCAAAUGAAGUAGAUAUUGGUGAACAACCUGUACCUGAUAUUAAUUUACUUACUUGUCUUGUUAAAGAUUUUUUACGUGAACUUUCUGAACCUUUAAUACCUUGUAAUAUUUAUGCAAUGUUGUUAGAUGCUGCUGGUGUUAUGCCCCCAAAUGAUUCUGAUGGAAAUCAAAAAUUAAUUAUGAGAAUUGUUGAUUGUUUACCUACACCAAAUAAGACAACUGUGGUAUUUCUUAUGGAACAUUUGAAGCAUUUACUUUUAUCGGAACCUCAUAAUGGAAUGACAAUGCAAAGAUUAUGCAGUGUUUUUGGACCUUUAAUAUUUUGUACAUCAAACCCUUCUCACCAAAUUCAAGGUAUAGUAUCAUCAGCAACAACAACAACAGAUUCUGAUAAACAAAAUACUUCAAAAUAUUUAAGUUCAAUUUCUGUUGACCCUUUAAGUGUACAACAAGCAAGUAUUGCAUUAAAAUUGCUUAUUGAAAAUUGGCCUAAAAUUAGUGGAAAUAGUUGA